AUGUUAGCCAGGAAACGUCUUUUCUACGUUCUAAUAUAUGGUGUAGAACUGGAGCACAUCUGUGCUAUCAAUACGAGUCCAGGCCCCGGCUACGAGUGGAUGUUCAGGGAGGACCAUUCCAAUGGUAAGUCUGAUGAUGAGUCCGUCCACGAAUCUCCAAUACCGCAGAUUACUUGGGUUGAUUGCCGCGAUGAGGAUGGAACAGGUGCCCGUACAGCCCCUAACGGAGACUGGUCUAGUGAAGCGGCUGAUUGGAACGAGGAAGUGGUCACUCAAGAGCUGAAAGGUAAAAUGCAGCAAGGGAAGGAAAACGAGUGGGUCCUGCGUGGACAUGAACUCAUAUCCCCACCUCUGACGGCGCCGAAUAGUUUGAAGUUCAAGACUUUCUCGACCUCUCCUGGCAUGCUGGAGAUUGCAAGCUACCUGAAUGUUGUCAAGGGCACCCCCUCCGAUCCUUGGGGAGCCAUGGUCAAUGAGUCAUGUGGCCUCCACGUACACGUUGCAAGAUCACGACCAAAAGGUGAGAAGGACAGCGAGAUGAUUCCCCUGCCGGUUCUGCAGCAUGUGGCACUUAUCAUCGUUCGCUACAAGGACCUCAUGACCUGCCUGCAUCCUGUCAGCCGACGAAAUAACGUGAUGCUAGGAUCAAACCUGAUGGGUGUCCGCCGCUGCCCCCAUUCGUGUCAGCGACUGGGAGGAAUCAACCUAGACACAGCCCAGAAGAAGAUCUUCGCCAAGAACAUGACCCCCAAGCGUCUGGCUUAUCUCAUGGAUACCGCUUACAACAACUGGCCCGGAAGGAGAAGUAACGAUUUGAGAUACAAGAACGUGAACUUCCAGCGACUCAGCAUGAAUGUCGCGAAGACCAUCGAGUUCAGGCAAUAUGAAGGCACACUGGACAUUGACCACAUUGCUCACUGGGUGCACUUCAUCGUGAGCGUGGUGCGAGCCGCUGAGCGGAUGGCCACCACUGACGACCCCGUUCUCAGCCUCCAGACUCCCACAACGGCGGCGAGCCAAGGACAGCCCAAGGUCACCUUCCCGCGUCAGCAAGGAGACAAGUACAAAACUCGCUGUGCCAAGGUGACUGACGAACUGGAGAAUCUGUACGAUCUGCUCGACUUCGAAGAAGAGACUAGGAUUUGGUGGAGGAAGAGAUUUUGCGAGCUCAAUCCUGACGGGGUUACCUCCGUCACAGAAGAGCAAUGCCCAGCGUGUCGACAGGAAGCACAAGAGAAAGAAGUGAACAGCCGUUAUGAGCCUGGCGAGUGGAGGUAG